AUACAAAAGGGAGGUCUGCGACUACGAAGAUGGCUAAUCGCGUUACUACUAUUUCUAUUAACGUCACUUGUUAUUAUCAACAGCUACAAUACAGGUCAAUUUCGAAUUAUCCGAUUCGGAGAAAUGACCAAACCAACUGUUCCAGAUAAAUGCGUAUCGACAGCGUCAAAUGUGUAUAUGCCAAUAGGCAACGGCUUUCUAGUUCGCAACAAAGGAUGUCGGUUACCAGCAAUGGAUCCUUUAGAUCCUGCAGUCCGACGUUUUAUAACAAAAGAUAUGUUCGAAUGCGAGUAUGGAAAUUUUCCACCAUUAAUUGAAUCGAACAAUACCGCGUUAUUCGUUAACCCGCUGACGUGGAAUGAAUUUCAUAACAGUCCAAGCGGUAUAAAUUGCUGUUGGCGACCAUUUUGGCGAACGAAAGAUACAGACAAUGAUGUUACGUAUGACAUACAGUGCUAUCCUUUUCAAGAGUCUUGCACAGUAAAUGCUGAAUUCGUAAGAGUUGAAUGUUAUCAAAACAACGAAAUGAUAUACAAAGACUACUACGCUUUCCUACCUCGUAAGCCUUCGGUAGAGGAAAGAUGCAGGCAAACGCUGAGAAUGGAUACGCUGAUCGACGAUCGUCUCAGCGUUCUCAUUGUCGGACUCGACUCGGUUUCUAGAAUGAACUUCCACAGGAUGAUGCCGAAGACUGUAAAAUCGCUUCAGUCUCUCGGCGCUGUAGAGAUGUUGGGCUACACCAAAGUCGCUGAUAACACAUACCCAAAUCUCGUCCCGGUAUUAAGUGGUCUGAAUCAGGAGGAAUUACGGGAUCUGUGUUGGCAAAUGCCUAACAAAACUUUCGACGAAUGCCCACUUUUGUGGAAGAAAUUCAGCGAGGCUGGUUACCGGACGGUAUUCGGCGAGGAUGCUUAUAGCAUGACCACGUUUAAUUACUUGAAACCAGGAUUCCGCGAGCAACCGACAGAUUACUAUCUGAGACCAUAUUUCAUCGGUGCUGAGAAUGACAUCGGCAACACCCAUAAACUAAACGCCAAUCUCUGCCUCGGUACCAGGAAGACAUUUGAAUGCAUGUUGGAUUACACACGCAAAACAGCGGUUGAGUUCUCCUCGGAGCUUUACUUCGCCUUCAUUUGGCAGGCAAGUCUCACCCACGAUUAUUUCACGUAUCCCCAGUUGGGUGACGACUCCUACCACGAGUUCGUCGAGUAUGCAUCACGGGAGGGUCUGCUGAAUCGCACAGUCCUCAUCAUGAUGAGCGACCACGGUAUGAGAUGGGGCGACUUCCGACAAACGUAUCAGGGAAAGAUUGAGGAUAGUCUCCCUUUCGUUUUUAUCGUGCCACCGAGAUGGUGGCGCGAGAAAUUUCCUCUGGCCUGGGGGAAUUUGCGAAGGAACAGUCGCAGUCUCACGACGCCCUUCGAUCUUCAUGAAACGUUAAUGGACUUGCUGAAUCCACAACUUUUGCGCGAGUCGUUUCUUAAGAAGCGCAUUAAAAUUCAGGCCGCCUCGCCUGUCCCGCGUGGCAUCAGUUGGUUCCUGCCAGUACCAGACAUUCGUACCUGUGACAUGGCGCACAUCGCGAAUCAUUGGUGUAUGUGCCAUACCAGUACUGCGGUCUCGUGGAACGACACUAGCUUGCUGGAUAGCGUGUCGUUCCUCGUCAGAGAACUGAAUGAUAUGUUAAGCAGAUAUCCGAUGUGCGCCACUUUGAAUCUGAAGAUGAUCAAAGACGCGAAGAUGUGGCAGGACAAAACGGACGGGGCGACGCUGAUGGAUUACACAGUGACCAUACAAACCACCCCAGGUGACGCGAUCUUUGAGGGUACGGUUCGUUACAAAGCAGACGAUAACAGCCGCAAAUUGGCUGGGUCGGUCAGCAGGUUGAACGCUUAUGGUACUCAGAGUGCCUGUGUAGAUGAAUUCAACAUGCGUUUGUAUUGUUACUGUCUUUAGGCACGACAUAUCCAAAAGACUGUUCGAGUGCUAAACCUUUUGUAUCUAAUAAUUUAAAU